AUGGUGCGCUGGAUCUCGAACGCCGGCCCGGCGGGAAUCCCGCUCAUGCUGCAGACAAUCGGCGACCACGUCGCGGUCAUCGCACGUGACUUGGGAAAGCCGCCCUCAUUCCGCUGUUCCGUGGGAUGGGUGCGCCGCGCACUGCGCCGCAAUGGCAUCCGGUGCCAGAGCGCUGCUGGCGAAGCCGCGGAUCAGGACAUGGCGGCCGUGCACACUUGCAAGGAGAAGCUCCCGCAGCUUCUCAUGCACCUCUGCGUCUCCCCGCGCGACGUCUACAACUUCGACGAGACCGCGUUGUUCCUCUCGGUGUUGCCGCGGAAGACAUACGGACGUUCUCGUGUGGCUGGUCGCAAGAUUCCUAAGGAGAGACUCACCGUCGGCCUUCUCGUGAACGCGGACGGGAGCCAUGCAUUCCGCCCGCUCGUCAUCUUGAAGUCGAAGAGGCCCCAUGAUUUCCGCCCUGAUUUCGACCCCGACGCACUGUGCUACUGGAGGAACAACGCGAAGGGCUGGAUGACCGCCCCGCUCUUCACGCACUUCAUGGAGCAACUGAACGCGGCAAUGUUCGCCGAGGAACGUCACAUCGUCAUCCUCCUCGACAACGCCUCGAGCCACGUGCUCAAGACCGAGGGAGCCGAGACCGAGGACUUGUUCGGCUUCCGCACUCGGUCGCUGAGCAACCUCAGGCUGGUGUUCCUUCCACCGAACACCACCUGCUUCGUUCAGCCGCUGGACCAGAGCCUCAUCGCCAUGAUGAAGACCCGCUACAGGCAGCAUUGGCUCGAGGCCGUCGUCGCGAAAUGGGUAGAGGGCGGCGCCACGGCUAAUUUCGCGCGCUACAAGCCGAAUCUCCGCGACGUCCUGGCGUGGCUGCUGGACGCGUGGAUGAACAUCGGCCCGCGCACGAUUCAGAGGUGCUGGUGGCGGACGGAGUGCCUCCCUCUCGCGUGGGCCCUGUCUCUGUCCCACGUGGGCGCCGCGGGCCUCACCCCAGGUGGCCGUGGUGUUGCGCUGCUCGCCAUCGAUCUCGAUGGCGAGAUCGAUGACGUGGGCAUUCUCAUCGAUCGUCUUGGCCUCGGGCCAAGCGCGAUGCCGGCCGCCGACUUUGUCGCAAUCGACAACGGGCAGCCGACGUGCGCGGAGCCGGGCGAGGACCCUUUGGCCGACGAGCCCGCGUCGGCGUAUUCGGCUGCGUCGUGGGAAGCGCCUACGAGCAUGGAGGCUGUCUACAACGACGAUAACCCCGCGUCCCGCGAGGCUCGUCGCUAUGCGCGCGCCGCAUGUGAGAUGCUCAUCGGGUACGCGCGCGCCACCAGCAUCACCCCCCGCGAGCUUUGCGCCCUCUUCGAGAUCCGCAACCCGAUCAUCAUCGAGCGCAUGGAGAGGGCGAGCCCGCCCCUGAACCUCAACGCGACCCCGAUCGCCACCCCCAGGCCGUCCGAGACCCCGGAUGCCGUGCGCGCUCGUCCCCGCGGGCGCGUCCUCCCUGCGUGGAUGACGGCGCCCUCUCCUCGCCAGGCUCUCAUCGAUGCUGGCGCGCCUGCCGCCAUGGACGGCUUCAUGGACGCGGCGGAGUGGGUGCGUCUGUGA